AUGGGAGUUACUGGUUUAUGGCGACUUAUUGAGCCGGCAGGGAAACCAGUGCCAGUUGAAACUCUAGAAAACAAAAUUUUAGCUGUUGAUAUUUCUAUAUGGUUGCAUCAGAUGGUCAAAGGAUACCAAGAUGCAAAAGGUGCACCACUACCAAAUGCUCACCUUGUAGGAUUGUUUCAGAGAUUAUGUAAAUUAUUAUAUUUUAGAAUUAAACCUGUAUUUGUAUUUGACGGAGGAGUUCCUGAUUUAAAAAGACAAACUAUUGCUAAAAGACAAGAUAACAAGUUAAAGUACAACUCAGAAUCAGAGCGCAUAAAACGAGAGCUUGCUCUAUUAAUUGGCAAAAAAUCUGCUGUGGGUGCACUCCUGGGUAAACAAAUAUCUCCCAAGAAAAUCAAUACAAAUGAAAAUGAUGAGGAUAUCUUUAAAUUACCUGCAUUGCCCCAAAAAGAGACAGAAAGUGACACAGAAUCAGAUGAUGAAGAUACCUCAAGCGCUUCCACUGUUGACUUACACACCGUGGAUUUGGAAUCUCAAGACUUCAAAAACAUGCCAUCUAAAGAAAAAUAUGACCUUUUAUUGGAAUUAAAAGAGACAAGGAAAAUGAACUCAUGGGGAAAAUUACACACAUUACCAAAGAAAAGUGAUAGCUUUUCUGAUUUUCAGAUGCAAAGAUUGUUGAAGAGAAGAAAGGUGCAAGAAUGUAUUGAAGAAACAGAAAAAGAAAUAGGAGACGUCGGAAUGUCUUUAAAUGAUUUGGAAACACUACUUAAUGAAGAAGGUAUUAAUACAAAUAUUGAAGAUUUUCCCUCUCGUCGUAUAGCUUCAGAUCAAACAACUCGGUAUCUGCUAAUUAAUAAUGUGAAACAGGCUUUAGCUGAUGCUAAAAAAAAGAAGGAAAUGGAGUUGGAAAAUGAAAAUAAAUUAGAAACUGAAGCAAUUAAGAUAAAAGAUAAUUCAAAUGGAGAAACUAAAUUUGAUGAACUUGAAGAUGACUUACAGAAAGCAAUAAAAAUGUCUCUAGAAUGUGUAGAUGAACCAGAACAUUCAGUUUGUGCUUCAACUUCAAAAGCAGAUGAGUCUUGGACUUCUUGUAUGACAGAUUCUAAUUCAGAUUAUUCUGACGAAGAAGAGGAAUACAUACCCCAAAAUAUUACAUCUGCUAAAGCUUACAUAAUGCAGUACAGUGAUUUUACACAUAAAGCCAUUGAUGAUAUUGUCCUGGUUAAAAAUAAACAAAAACCCAAAGCAAAAGAAAUUAAUGUUGAAGAAAUAAUAGCUCAGCUUAAAAACGAAAAAACAAUUAUAGAGGAUGAAGUAGAAGUAAGUAGCGAAGAAGAAUUAAGUAAUCCUCAAAUGUCAACCUCUUGUUUUAUGAUUAAGAAUGAUAUUGAUGACAAUAAUGCAGACCCAACUUUAGGCAACACAACUAUUAAGGUUUUGCAAAGAACAAAAAACAAUGUUGUCAAUAAUGAUUCAUCUAUUUUGUAUGUGGAAAAUAAAAAGGAGGAUGUGAUAAAUCUUGAUUCAUCAGAAGAAAAUUCAAAAGCAAUCAUAAGUCUAGAUGAUACUUCAAAUCUAUCAAACUCUAGUGAUGAUGACUUUGAAGAGGUAUCUGAAACAGAAAGCCUACCAAAACCAGUUGUGCAGUUGACAUUAAAUUUAGAAGAUAACAUCGAAGAUGAUAUCUUUUCUGAUGUUUUUGAAAAUAAACAAGAGGUAUCAUCUAAAAAUGGAAACCAAAAUUUGUCACCUAUAAAAACGCAACAAAUGAAAGAGGCACCUUUAAAAAAUGUUAGCGUUCCUCCAAUAAAUGAAAUAAUUGCUCCAAAGACAGAUAAGGAAAUGGCACAAGAUAAAGUAAGUGUCAAAACCGAUAAACUAAUAAACAAUACAAAUAAAGAUAUUGAGUGUAGGAAAGAUAAUCAAUCUACGGCUGAGAGUGGUGUAAACAUUGAAUAUGAGAAAGAAAUAGGCGACUUAGCGGGAGAGUCUUCUGAAACACCUAAAAAUCCCAUUGAACCUAUUACUAAAGAAAGACUACAAACAAUGGAAGUGGAAAUGGAAAAUGAACAACAAGAAUUAUUACAUCAAAAAGGACGGCUUGAUCGCGUUGGUAGAAAUAUUUCUGAACAAAUGACUAAAGAUGCGCAAGAACUUCUUCAAGUUUUUGGCAUUCCUUAUAUUGUAGCGCCAAUGGAAGCGGAGGCGCAGUGCGCAUUUUUGGAGGAUGCCAAAUUGACCGAUGGCACGAUUACCGACGACAGUGAUAUUUGGCUAUUUGGAGGAAAAACUGUAUACAAGAACUUUUUUAAUCAGAAGAAACAUGUUCUUCAGUUCUUGAGUGAAAGGAUUGAGAGAUCGUUUAAUCUAAGUAGGGAGCAACUGAUCCUGCUAGCCCUAUUAGUUGGAAGCGAUUAUACAACUGGUGUCAACGGAAUAGGACCAGUAACUGCAAUGGAAAUACUUGCAUCAUUUCCUUUUAAUAAGAAAAAACUUAGUGAGAUGUCAAACCAAGCACAGUACCAGCAAAUUGUGACUGGUCUUCAAGAGUUUAAGCAAUGGGUUCGAGCAGGAAAGAGAACGGAUAAUAUUAAGCUUAAGAAAAAAUUAAAAAAUGUAUCGCUCACUGAUGAGUUUCCUAGUAUUAGGGUUGUACAAGCCUAUCUAGAGCCAAAUGUUGAAAAGAGUAAAGAAAAGUUCACAUGGGGAAAUAUAGACAUAACAAUUUUACGAGAUUACACAAAAGAUAAAUUUGGUUGGUCCCAAAACAAAGUAGACGAAAUAAUAAAGCCGGUUUUAAAAAGGUUGCUCGAUAGAAAAAAUCAAAAAACGGUCCACGACUUUUUUAAACGGAAAAUCGUGUGUGAAUCUCUCGACGAACAAAUGAGCAAACGAGUUAAGGCAGCUGUACAAAAAAUGGAACCUAACUCACAAAAUGACGUUGAAGAUGUUACUAAUAAAAAGGAUAAAAAAGGAAAACCCGCUCGCAAGAGAAAAGCUGAAAAUGAUGAGCUCAAAAAUAUUAAUGGAAUCGUAAAAGUAGCAAAGUCCGACGAAAAACCGGAAUUUAACUUUAUCGUACCAAAAACCGACGCUUGCCAUGAAUUAAUUCCACAAAAAGAAAAAGCUAAACAGAGCCUUUUAGAGAAUAAAAUGAAAGCGAUAGAAAUAUUUAGAAAGACGAAAAUUGAUAGAAAACGAAAGUAUACAAAAAAGAAGACUGUCUUGCCAAAGGAUAAAGCUGAGCUUUCCGAAAGCAGUGACAGUAACUAG